AUGGACAUUCAAUUGAUGGCUGAGAGCUAUAGGCUGGGAGUCAGACGUUCGACCAUUACAUUGCCCUGGGAGCAGCCGUGUCUCAAACCUAUUUUUGGAAAGCGACAGAGAUUGGUGGAGGCCCCCAAGUUUGUUCCCUUACAGAGCGAUGCAGAUCAUCAUGUCACAUUUGAUCAGAAGGAGGUUGCUGGAAAGGUGACAUGGUCUAGGGUGACAUCUGUGAUUCCUUGGCCGGUAGCACAAGAGAGAUCUUUAUCGAGGGCCCUGGAGAACUGGAGGAUUAUUGUUUCUGAUGAUUUGGAAACUUCAGUUUUGGGUCGCCAGAUUAGGUCUAUUUUGGACGGGACGGUGACUGACAUGACGGAGGAACAGGUCAUUCGUGAUGCCAUGAUUUUUCUCUCAAAGCAGUCAUAUCUUCCACAGAAGAAUACUGUUGAUGAGUACGAACCUGAGUCCCCAAUUCAUGCUGAGUGGGAGUUCUGUGGUUCGGACGGUGAUGUGUCCAUGUCUAGCGUCAGUGAGGGAGAUCAUGGGCUGUUUGAGACUGGUUGCCAAACUUCUGACGAAGAUAGGGAUGCGGAGGUCGCCGCGCCAAUUGUCGGGGCCUCAAUUGCAAGUGAGCUGCACUACUCCAUAGCUGAAUGGCGAGAUGCUGUGACCUUGUCAGCUGUCACUCCCACCAAUUCGAACUCGAUUUGUAACGUCUUCUUUGACGUGAGCGAGACAGUUGGUGCUCCGGCCUCAAAUGCUGAAGGGCAGUUGGCAGAACUUACUAGGGGUGGACUUCACCCUGGCCCCAAUGGUCAGCUGCCUUUGGAUGACCAUGUGAGGGCGCUGUUGCAGGGCCCUGAAAUUAAGUGGAUGCUGAUGCCUCUGCCAAAGCGCCAAGUUAUCAAACCUGUCCAGCCGAUUGCGGCAGCGAACAAACCAAAGGUGGACUCGGACUCCAAACGAGACAGAGAUGGCGACAGUAAGAAGACGAAAGCAGAUGCAGCACGCUUGAAGAAGCUGCGCAGAACCCCCAUGCCAAAGCAGCUCAUGGGUGGAGUGCCAUGCGACGAGCAAGGCAUCUUUGGAGAAAAGGGCGAAAAGCGCCAAAGAUUUCAGGCGAUGGCCCCUGAGAGAAAGCUCUUAGGCGUGGUUGCAAGUGAUGCCGAAGGGCAAUCCUUUUCUGAAGUUCCUGCCGAGGGGCAGGCAAAGCCGAUGGGUGCCGAUCGCAAAAGUGACGGAACCGGCACACAGACUGAUGAUAAACAUGGCACAGUCUUUUUGCUUGAUAUUUUUUCGGGAACAGCUGGAGUGGCUGCAUCAUUUAUUCAGCUUGGUGGAGAUGCGUUGGGAUUGGAUCACAUGGUUGACAAGAAGCGCAUGAGGGGGCCUAUUUCAAAGACUGACCUUUGCAAGAAGGAAACACAGGACCAAGUCAUUUCAUGGUUGGAGCAAGGAAAGGUUGAUGCAGUGAUGUUGGCUCCGCCAUGCGGGACGUCCAGUAGGGCCAGAGAGAUUCCAGUUUUUGAGUCAGGCCGCAGGAGAUCAGCACCAAGACCGCUACGCAGCAAAAAGUGGCCAAAUGGAAUCCCCUCCCUUAGAGGGGUGCCAGCCUUGAAGGUUAAGCUGGCAAAUACGUUGUAUGCAUUCACAAGGCGGGUCAUUGACACAUGUGUCCGGCUGGGCAUCCCGUUUAUCUGUGAGAACCCUCAACGCUCCUGGAUGUGGGAUACUACUUUCUUUCAAGAUUUGCCCACCUCCUGCAAUUUUCAGUGCAUUCAUAGCUGUAUGUACGGCGGCCAGCGCCUAAAGAAGACCGCCUUGCUCCUCAACUUUGAGGCCAACAACCUCAAACUUACUUGCAAUGGGAAACACCAGCACUUGCCGUGGGGGAAGACUAUAUCACCUCACACAGGUGACACCGUGUUUUCAACAAGCACUGAGGCUGAGUAUCCAUGGCCCUUGUGCAAACAGUUGGCGCAAGCCUUUGCGGAGCAAAUCAGAAUGGCAGGCAAGUUUUUUGAGCUGCCCUCCACAACUAUGGAUGUCAAGCAACGGAUGGGAGCGGGAACUCAGCCUCGUGGAAAGCUUGGUCCCUUGCUUUUGGCAGAGUUCAAGCACAAAGUUGUAGUGAAGUCUUCACGAGUUGGUAUUCCAAAAACCAUCACUGAGGAAAGCCCUGAACCAUUUCAGGGGAUACCACUGCAUUCCAAGCUUAUUUCUUCUCGUACGGAGAUGGUGAAAGGGGUGAAUGGCGACGAAGAAAUGCAGAUUUCUGAGUUUGGGGUGUACUAUACACCUGAGGAAUUUUUGGGUAUUGCAGCAACUUUGCAACAUCCAUUGGACUCACCUCAGCUGGUGGACGACUGCAAUUUGAGAGCAAUGCUGGCCAUUCGUGACUGGACUGAGGCGCAGGUGGCUGAAUUCAGAACAAAAAACCUCAGGUACUACACCAAACUUGCAGUUGACCUCAUGGAGGAUGAGAGAGCACUGAGGGCUUGCAUGGACCCCCAGGUGAACGAAGUCUUGCGUGGGAAGAGGCUGAAGCUUUUUCAACAAAUGUGUGCAGACGCAGGUGUGGCUGACGAGACACUGUUUGAGGAACUCACGGCAGGUGUCAGGUUGACGGGGCCGAUGCAGGCCUCUGGACAGUUUCCCCGGAGAAUCAAACCUGCUUCUAUCACAGUGCAGCAGCUCAGGGAAUCUUCAGUCUGGGCUAAGAAGAUGAUUUACUCCUCCUGCAAAAGAGUCUCGUCAGAUCCUGAGAUCGCCCUUGCAGUUUUUCAGGAGACACAGCAGCAACUUAGCGAUGGCUGGGUGAAGGGGCCUUUCACGAUGCAACAGAUGGACGAGCGCUUUGGGGGGUGCUGGAUACCCUCAAAGCGCUUUGGUGUGCGCCAGGGUGGUAAGGUGAGGGCCGUUGACGACUUCUCGGAGUUCUUGGUCAACGCAUCAGUCACGUCGACUGAGAAGUUGGCGCUGUAUGGCAUUGACGAAGUCAUCAACACUGCAAGGUUCUUUAUGGGUAUUGAUGCCAUCACGUUCGACUGUGAUGGUUUUCCCGUUUUGGCUCACUGUGACAAUACCACUGGGAGCCCAUGGAAGCAACUGCAGGGGAGAGCCCUGGACUUAAAGGCAGCGUACAAACAACUUGCGCGUCACCCUGAGGACGCAUGGGCUGCGGUGCUGGCAGUCUGGAAUCCAGACAGCAACAGUGUGGAAUUUUACGAGUCAGUUGCAUUACCCUUUGGAUCAGUGUCGGCGGUGAUGUGCUUUAAUCGCAUGGCGAGGGCCCUUCGCAUCAUCAUGUCAAAAUUGUUCCUGUUAGUGAACACCAACUUCUUUGACGAUUUCUGUCAACUGGAAAUCCCAAAGCUCUGCAAGUCUGCUUGGGAUACGGCGGAGUUGGUGAUGCAGCUGCUUGGUUGGAGGAUUUCAACAUCAGAGGACAAGAGACUGCCUUUUGCGACAAAGUUCACAAUGUUGGGCGCUGUGGUGGACCUCUCGAUGAUGUGUGAUGGAAAGGUCGUUGUGUGCAACAAACCUUCGAGACUGGAGGACAUUGCUGGCCUUGUCACAGAGAUCGUUUCAAAGCGGAAGGUGCCAGUUUCUCUUGUUGAGACGCUCCGUGGGCGUCUAUUGUAUGCGGCGGGGCACACAUUUGGGAGGUGCACUCAACUUGCCAUUCAGCUUAUUUCCAAAGCGGUUAGGGAAGGACCAUGA